CAGGGGCAGCUCAGGAUGACCAACAACGGCCACUCUGUUCAGAUCGAUUUGCCACCCACCAUGAACAUCUCCAGAGGGCUCCCAGGUGUCUACACAGCUGUCCAGAUGCACCUGCACUGGGGUGGGCUGGACCUGGAGAGCAGCGGCUCGGAGCACACCAUCGACGGCAUGCGCUACUUUGCCGAGCUGCACAUUGUCCACUACAACUCUGCUAACUACUCCAGCUUUGAAGAAGCCAAAGACAAGCCCCAGGGGCUGGCUGUGCUGGCCUUCCUGUACUCGGAUGGGCACUUUGAGAACACCUACUACAGUGAAUUCAUUUCCAAACUGGCGAGGAUCAGGUUUGCAGGUCAGUCAACCACGCUGAGCUCUCUGGACAUCCAAGCCAUGCUGCCAGAAAACCUCUCCCACUUCUACAGGUACCAGGGCUCCCUGACCACCCCGCCCUGCUCCGAGAGCGUGAUCUGGACCAUCUUCCACUCCCCAGUUGUGCUCUCACACACGCAGGUCCAGCUCCUGGAGAACACCCUGCUGGACUGGCACAACCUCACCCUGCGCAACGACUACCGGCACGCGCAGCCGCUGCGGGGCCGCGUGGUGGAGGCCUCCUUCCCAGCCCAGCAGGACCAGGCACAGUGCCAUCCAGAGGAAUUCACCCUCAGGCUGGAUCAAAUCCAGAUGCAGCUCCAGGACAUGAAGACAGAGUUGCUGAAUGGGCUGAGCCACACAGGAAGAGGGAGAAGGAGGGAAAACCAUGAUUUUCCCAAACAUUUGGGUGGGGGAGCUCAGCUCAUCUUUUCAUCAUUCCAAUCCCCUUCCCUGCUGGCACAACACACAGCAGUAACAACACCCAGACCACACAGCCCUCCCAGCUCUGCGGCUGUUACCCUCCAGAAUUUGGGCUUGUUUACAGGAAAUGUAACUGCUGGCUUUUGGGUUAUUUCAGGUACAAAAUCCAGCACCUUCCCAGCUUUCUACUUCCCCGUGGAAAACAUUGAGAGCUUUGUGGAGGUUCAUCCCCUCCGUGCUGUGUCUCUGCAAGCCUUCACGCUGUGUUUCUGGAGCAGAGCCCAGCCCGUGGGCAGCCAGACCAUCCUGUCCUACUCCACUGGGGAGAGUGACCACGAGCUGAUGGUGACGGUGGGCACGGAGCUGGGGCUGUGGGUGGGAGGCCACUUCCUGAGCUUCCCCCUGCAGCAGGAGGCGCAGGGCUGGCUGCACCACUGCGUGACCUGGGCGUCCCCAGAGGGAACGGCCAAGCUCUGGCUCAACGGAGCAGCUGGCAAAGCCAAGAGCGUCCAGAAGGGCUACGUGAGCCGGCCUGGGGGGACCCUGCUCCUUGGCAAGGACAGGGACAGCCUGCUUGGCACCUUCUCCAACGGGUUUGCGGGCUGGAUGAGCCAGGUGAACCUGUGGAGCCGCGUGCUCGGCGCCGCCGAGGUUCGCGCGCUGGCGCUGUGCAAGGCAGGGCAGCCCCCGGGGGACGUCGUCGCCUGGGGACAGACCCCCAUGGCCCUCCUCGGGGGGGUGCUUCUGCUGCCUGACACCAGCUGCCAGUGAGCACAGCCUCUGCCUGGCUCAGGGCAUCCAGAGGGUCCGAGCUGUUUGUUGGGGAAAGCCAGAAAAACUGAGGUGGGUCCCCUUGCUGGACCCUCAAACACACGAGUGACAGUUCCUCAGAGGAGUUUAGUGCACUCCUUGCUUGUUUCUGCUCCUGCUUUGUGGGCUCACUGUGCACCUGCUGGUGCUCCAGGGUGUUUUACCAAGAGACCAAAACCUGCAUCUGUGAGAUAAAAGCAAUGAACUGCAGAAUCUGGCACAAUCCAGCACCCUGGGUUGUUACAUCCCUCCCAGGGGCUUGAUUUAGAUCCCCAUGCACAGAUUUUUUUUCAUGCCAAAGAGCUGCUCUCUGGUCAAAGGAGCUUUCUCAAAUAAAAGUUCUCUCCCAUCCCUCACCCAGUCUCAGUUUCUCACCAUUUUCCCUGCUUGCCUCUCCUGUUUGUCACCACCAACUCAGCACCCCUUCCCUUGCAGUGAUAUCCC